AUGCCUCGAUGUAAACAUCCAGAAUAUUUGAAAAAUAUCAAUACUGCAAUGAAAGAAGGCUCCAUUAAUACUUGUGCUCGAAAAGCAGCUUUUCUCGCUCAAAUAGCACAUGAAAGUGCUGAAUUGGUCUAUGUGGAAGAAUUGGCUUCUGGUCAAGCAUAUGAAGGUCGAAAAGAUCUUGGCAAUACUCAAAAAGGAGAUGGAAAACGAUUUAAAGGUCGUGGUCCCAUUCAACUGACAGGUCGAGCUAACUACAGAGCAGCUGGAAAAGCUUUAGGCUUGGAUUUGGUGAAUCAUCCUGAAAGGGUCAAAACGCCUGAAGUCGGAUUUCGAACGAGUGUAUGGUUUUGA